AUGCAUGUAUGGGUAUGCAUAAGCGAUAAAGGAGCUUACCUACAAAACCCGGUGGGCACCAUCUCUGGGGUUUUCUGCUGCCAGAAGCAGGGGAUAUCAUCAUGGAGAUUUCAUCAAAGGAAAAGACUCAAUUUUUCUCAAACAGCAUAAUCUUGCCUUUUGACCGAUCUUCAUUCAAAUCUGAAUCCUCUGCAUCUAAGGAGAAACAGUCGUGUUGUGGAGGUAUAAAGAUAUUUCUUGGUGCAUUGUCUUUUGUUUAUUUUGCUAAAGCACUGUCAGGAAGCUAUCUAAAAAGUACUAUCACACAAAUAGAAAGAAGAUUUGAUAUCCCCUCCUCUUUGGUUGGCGUUAUUGAUGGCAGUUUUGAAAUUGGGAAUCUCCUAAUCAUAAUUCUUGUAAGCUACUUUGGAGCGAAGCUUCACAGGCCAAGAAUAAUUGGAGCAGGCUGCUUAAUUAUGUCAGCUGGAACAUUCCUAAUUGCGAUGCCCCAGUUCUUCAUGGGACGAUAUCAGUAUGAAAGAUUUCCUUCCACCAUCAAUUCCACCGUUAACACCUCUCCAUGUCUGCAAGAUAAAAGCCAAACUCCACUCUCAGCCUUGGAAAAAUCUCAAGAGAAAACAAAUGCAGGAUGUGAAAAAGAAGCAGGCUCUUCCAUGUGGAUCUAUGUUUUACUUGGAAAUCUUUUGCGUGGAAUAGGUGAAACUCCUAUCCAACCUCUGGGAAUUACAUACAUUGAUGAUUAUGCCAUUGAAGAGAAUGCUGCCUUAUACAUUGGCUGUGUACAAACAGUUGCAAUUAUAGGGCCAAUAUUUGGCUUUCUUCUAGGAUCGCUGUGUGCCAAACUUUAUGUUGACAUUGGCUUUGUAGAUCUGGACAGCAUAACACUAACUCACAAGGAUAUGCAGUGGGUGGGAGCCUGGUGGCUGGGUUACUUAAUAGCAGGUGCAAUCAGCCUUCUGGCCGGCAUCCCUUUUUGGUUCCUGCCAAAGCACCUUCCAAAACCACAGAGCAGAAAGGACUCCAGUACCUCUUCUGAGAAGUCAAAGUUCAUCACUGAGGAUAACAAGGACCAAUACGAAUCUUAUCAGCAACAGGUGAAGAUUGCUGAGAUGGCAAAAGACUUCUUGCCAUCACUGAAGAAUCUCUUGGGGAAUCCAGUUUACAUUCUGUAUUUGUGUGCAAGUAUCAUUCAGUUCAAUUCUUUAAUAGGCAUGGUGACGUAUAAGCCAAAGUAUAUUGAGCAGCAGUAUGGGCAAACUUCUUCAAAAACUAAUUUUGUUAUAGGUCUUAUCAACAUUCCUGCUGUGGCUUUUGGCAUAUUCUCUGGAGGAUUGAUAAUGAAAAAAUUCAAAGUCAAUAUUUUAGGGGCUGCAAAACUCUCCCUGGGAUCAUCUUUCUUUGGUUACCUUUUGCUCCUCUCAUUAUUUGCAAUGGGCUGUGAGAACUCAGAUGUAGCUGGACUGACCGUGUCUUACCAUGGAACUAAGGGGAUGACUGAUUACGAGGAAGCCUUGUUUUCAGAGUGCAACUCAGGCUGUUCAUGUUCCAAGAAUGACUGGGACCCCAUCUGUGGGGAAAACGGAGUUACCUACAUUUCUGCUUGUCUCGCUGGCUGCCAGGCGUCCAACGGCACUGGAAAAAACACUAUAUUUUUUAACUGCAGCUGUGUGGGAACCUUGACAUCUCCUUCACAAAGCUACUCAGCUGUGAUGGGACCAUGUCAAAAAGGAGAUGAGUGUCCAAAAAUGUUUCUGUAUUUUCUAGUAGUAUCAGUUAUCACUUCAUAUACUCUGUCAGUAGGUGGCACACCGGGAUACAUACUGCUUCUAAGAUGCAUUAAACCACAUUUGAAAUCAUUUGCAGUUGGUAUCUAUACCCUGGCAAUAAGAGUACUUGCGGGAAUUCCAGCCCCAGUGUAUUUUGGAGUGGCCAUAGAUACCACUUGCCUGAAAUGGGGGAGCAAAAGAUGUGGGGGAAGAGGAGCGUGCAGACUCUACGACUCCAGUGCACUCAGAUAUGUGUACCUGGGGCUGACUUUGGUGUUGGGCACGGUGUCCAUUUUCUUCAGUGUUGCUGUCCUUUGGGUUCUCCGGAAAAGUUCUUCUCCACAAGAUGAGAUUCUCUCAGCCAAUGGAGAGAAAGGCUCCUGUGGGACAAAGAGCAGGAAAGAUAAUUUUGCCAAUACUGACCAUUUAAUUCAGACAACUUAUUGGCCAGAAAAGGAGACUAGACUUUAG